AAAUUUUAAUGUACAUCAUUUCGAAGAUAAAUUUUUCUGCUUCUGUGUUCUGACGUUGACAUUGCGUACGAAGUUGGUUCGUCUUCGUCCUCGUCCAUGAGAGAGAAGAGAGGUUCUAAGCCGGCUUCACCUUCAACCUCUCCCUGUGCUCUUCUUAGAGACGCAUACCACAAUUGCUUCCACAGGUGGUAUACUGAGAAAUUCGUCAAGGGUCAAUAUGACAAACAAGAAUGUGUCUCCGAAUGGCAAAAAUAUAAAGCUUGCCUUUCUGAACAUUUAGAAGAUAAGCAAAUGAUUCGUAUAUUGGAAGGUGAAAAUGCUUUUCAAGACAGUGCCUUUACUUCUCAAUAAUUUGGAUGAUAAACAUAUCAUAUGAUCGGUGAUCAAUUUUGUAGCCUCAAUGCCUAGCUAUUUGUAAUGUAACAUUGUUUAAUUUAAAUUAUAGAAUCAUAGAAACUUAGGGUGAACCCUUCGUAUUAAGAGUGGCGAACCAAGGUUAUUGACAGAGUUGAAUGUCAAUGCCUAAUUUUUAAUCAAGAUUGAGUAAUUACUCCUUGACAACAAUAAUUUACUUUUACUUUGUAUGUUUGAGAUUGGAAUCACAUUUGAUUUUGAAACUUUCCUUUUUAA